GGAGAACUGACGUCAGCGGGAGAGUAUUAUGGUCUGUCGUGCGCUGGCUGCUGCUUUUCUGCUCCUGGAAGCGGCCAAGGGGGGAAGCGGCGAGUCAACAUGGAGCUUUCAGCGGUGGGGGAGCGGGUGUUCGCGGCCGAAGCCCUCCUGAAGCGGCGCAUACGGAAAGGACGCAUGGAAUACCUCGUGAAAUGGAAGGGAUGGUCGCAGAAGUACAGCACAUGGGAACCGGAGGAAAACAUCCUGGAUGCUCGCUUGCUCGCGGCCUUUGAGGAAAGGGAAAGAGAGAUGGAGCUCUAUGGCCCCAAAAAGCGUGGACCCAAGCCCAAAACCUUCCUCCUCAAGGCGCAGGCCAAGGCAAAGGCCAAAACUUACGAGUUUCGAAGUGACUCAGCCAGGGGCAUCCGGAUCCCCUACCCUGGCCGCUCGCCCCAGGACCUGGCCUCCACUUCCCGGGCCCGGGAGGGCCUUCGAAACAUGGGUUUGUCCCCGCCAGCGAGCAGCACCAGCACCAGCAGCACCUGCCGCGCAGAGGCCCCUCGGGACCGGGACCGGGAUAGGGACCGGGAGCGGGAUCGAGAAAGGGAGAGGGAGCGAGAGAGGGAGCGGGAACGUGAGCGGGAACGAGAGCGGGGUACCAGCCGAGUGGAUGACAAGCCCAGCUCGCCGGGGGACAGCUCGAAGAAGCGAGGCCCCAAGCCCCGGAAGGAGCUCCCGGACCCCUCACAGAGGCCCUUAGGCGAACCCAGCGCCGGCCUCGGAGAGUACCUCAAGGGCAGGAAGCUGGACGACACCUCUUCCGGGGCAGGAAAGUUUCCAGCCGGCCACAGCGUGAUCCAGCUGGCCCGAAGGCAGGACUCGGACCUGGUGCAGUGUGGUGUGACCAGCCCUAGCUCAGCUGAGGCCACGGGCAAGCUGGCUGUGGACACCUUCCCGGCCAGGGUGAUAAAGCACAGGGCUGCCUUUCUGGAGGCCAAAGGCCAGGGUGCCCUAGAUCCCAGUGGCACCCGGGUCCGACAUGGCUCAGGCCCUCCCAGCUCUGUGGGGGGCCUGUACCGGGACAUGGGGGCCCAGGGGGGAAGGCCCUCCCUCAUCGCCAGGAUCCCUGUGGCCAGAAUCCUGGGGGACCCGGAAGAAGAGUCCUGGAGCCCCUCCCUGACUAACCUGGAGAAGGUGGUGGUCACGGACGUGACCUCAAACUUUUUGACCGUCACCAUUAAGGAAAGUAACACGGACCAAGGCUUUUUUAAAGAGAAAAGAUGAAUGCUGGGUGGGUGUGCCCAGGACGAGAGCAGGGGAGAGAGUGAGCGUGAGCUUGGCAUAGUGAUUUUUAUUUCUUGGUGGGAUGUGGCCUUUUGGCUGGUCCCGUCCCUGAUGUCACCCCCACCCCCACCCCAACCAGCCCCUUUCAUCCCUCCUUCCUCCCCCUCAGUUUUUGUUGGAAAGAUUAUCUCUAGAGUUAUAUUUUCUAUUAGAUGUAAAUAUGUUAUUUAAGAAAAAUAUCUAAAUAUAUAUAUUUCAACUCUUGAA